AUGAAAGUGAAAGUGAAGGAGAGAGAGAGAGAGAGAGCGCAGUCUCCGGCUGAACAGAAGUGGAUUCGGAGCCGGACAGAAGGUGUAACUGUGGCGGAUCGUGCUAACCCCAUGCGGAUCUUUCGGCGUGUCUUUGUUGGACGAGAAUGCAACGACAACGAGGAAAUACCAAGGAGUAAAAGGAAGGAUUCCACAGGCAGUACGAGGCUGGUGGACGUUGGCAUGUGCAGCACACAGGAUGCGUCUGGGAAGAAAGCGAAAUCCCAGCAAUCAGUGGCAAACUCUCCUGAUGAGCCAAUCGCUAGAUGCCUGGAUAUGGAGGAAGGGCCAAGCCAGCUGAAGUCUCCAUGGCCCUACUCCUGUGGCAAGUUCAAAAAUGGUUUAGUGGGGCUGUCUAAUGGUGGCCUGACCUGCUGUGUCAACGUACUGCUCCAGAGCUUCUACCUAACUCCUGAAUUCACAUCCACACUACAGCGGUGGGAACAGAUGGAAAAGAAUGUUAAUCUGAGGAACGUCCCUUACCACAUGUGUCGAUUGUUUGACCAGAUGCAGACCUCAAAGUCUGGUCAAGUGAGCGCGGAGAUGUUUCUUCACUGUCUCAAGCUGAACCAUGUGAAAGUGCACACACAGAAUGAUGCAGCGGAACUGUUUCUCAUCAUUUUUAACCUUUUACUGGAUCACUUACAAACUUCAGCUAUUGUCGAGGAGAUGAAGAGACUGUAUGAGAUCAAAGUAGAACAGCUUGUGCAGUGUUCGUGUGGCGAAGUUACUGUGAAAGACAGCAGGUUUUGGAGCCUACCUGUGCCAGUGAUAGAGACCCAGUGUGGCAAAGAUUUUACGCUGGAAGAUGGCUUGACACAGUUUUUCUCUCCCCAGUCCGUGAGGAGCAAUAGCAGAUGCCCAAACCAUGAUUGCAAGAUGAAACAUUCAGUGCAAAAGAGUUUCAAGCUCAUCUCGGUCCCUGAGGUUCUGAACCUGCACCUGAAUCGAUUCUGUGCUCUGUCAGUUCGACAUGGUUUCACCACGAAGAUGUACAACUCAGUGACAUUUCCCCAAACCCUAAACCUCAAGUUGUUUCCAGUCUCAGAAAGAAGCCAGACAUGUGGAAAUGGCCAGGAAUCUUGGAACUACCAGCUUUACGCGGUGCUGGUCCACAUUGGGAGUGCAUUAUUUGGACAUUAUAUUGCAUAUGUGAAAUCCUUCAAAGACUCCAUGUGGUAUAAACUGGAUGAUUCCUCUGUGUCACGGGCGAAUUGGAUGGAUGUUACAUCGACCUUUGGGGGCCAUGGCUCCAUGUGGAGUGAGACUGCAUAUGUGCUACUGUACAGGAGAAUGAAAACAGAUGAUACAAAACCCUCUUCUGGUGCACAGACUGUUGGCUUGUGAAGAAAACUGCUUGUUGGAGCAGGAUCUAAUCUUUCUCAUUUCUGUAAUGACAGCUGUCAAUAACAAUUUGCAUUUA